CCGCGCCAGCAGGUCCUAAUGCCUGUCACUUCCCAGGACGCUGGCAGCAGCAGCCCGGAGCCCCCGAGCCCUCGGCAGGUUUUCCUGUCCUGCCCAGCGAUCUGAUUGGAUAAAGUGGGGGCUCGACGGCGGCCGACGUGGGACAGUGUGUCUGUGGCAGGGGUCUCGGAAACCAUGGGUUAUUGCAGUGGCAGGUGCACGCUUAUCUUUAUCUGUGGCAUGCAACUGGUUUGUGUGCUGGAGAGGCAAAUAUUUGACUUCCUUGGAUAUCAGUGGGCACCUAUCCUGGCAAAUUUUAUACAUAUUAUUAUCGUCAUUCUUGGUUUAUUUGGAACUAUUCAAUAUAGACCUCGUUACAUAACAGGAUAUGCUGUCUGGCUAGUCCUCUGGGUUACGUGGAAUGUGUUUGUUAUCUGCUUCUAUUUGGAGGCUGGGGACCUUUCAAAGGAAACAGACCUUAUCCUGACUUUUAAUAUUUCAAUGCACCGAUCUUGGUGGAUGGAGAAUGGACCAGGAUGUAAGGUGACAUCAGUGACACCAGCUCCAGAUUGGGCCCCAGAAGACCAUCGGUACAUCACUGUCUCAGGAUGUUUUCUGGAGUACCAGUAUGUAGAAGUGGCUCAUAGUUCCCUCCAGAUUGUCCUCGCAUUGGCAGGGUUCAUCUAUGCCUGUUAUGUUGUGAAAUGUAUAACUGAAGAAGAGGACAGCUUUGAUUUCAUAGGUGGCUUUGACUCUUACGGCUAUCAAGGACCUCAGAAGACCUCUCAUUUACAACUACAGCCUAUGUACAUGCAAAUUCCCUUGGAUAACAACUGAUAACAAAUUCUAUAUAUCAGCAUCAAGUGAUAUGCUGAAUUGCAAGUGAAGAUCAAAAUAGAAAGUCGAAAUAAUGCAGAUGGCUUCAGUAUGUCAACUCCUGGACUUUUCAAAGAACUUGUUUCACAAUGACCUCCUGCAUUUUAUGACGAGCAAGAAGCACCUGAGUUUAAAUAUACAUACCUAUUAACAAAAUAAACAUAAAACUCCACCCUGGGACACACACACAAAACCAAUAGAGGCAUACAACUAUUCCACUCACCUCCUCUUUCUAAUUGAAACAAACAUGCAGGACAUGCCCAUCUUGGGCAUGCUGGUGCCCUCUGCCGGCGAUCUCACUCCUCUGCAGCCCAGUCAGUCAGCCUCUGAGCUGCGAGGUCCUCCAGGGCAUAUUUGAGAGCUCAAUCUUCUGCGCUUCAUACGUCUUGAGAUAGCACCACGGCUAUGUAGGCAACGCGAUUGCAAAAUAAACAAAACAUGCCAUAAUGACGUUGUGACUGAAGUGCGAAAUGGCAGGUUGUUUGCCCUAACGGCUGUACCGUACAUACUUGCCUUAACCCACCUAAGUUGUGCGCCCAAAAAUCUCAGUGCAGACAUCCCAAGUCACUUCCUUUAGGCUAACACACUGCUAUUAAUUCCAAAUGAGUUCAAGUCCGUGUGUUUCACGUCAAGGAACAAGACUGCAGAGCUCAGCAGCUCCAAAGUGUCUGUGUAUGAAAACUGCCAGCUGUCAGCAAAGUGCUUUACCAUUGAGCCGCCAUGGUGGCCACAAGAGAGACAAGGAACCAUAACGACAAUAAUCUUUCGUCAUCUUAAUAAUCCUUAAAUAUGGCCGUCUGAUGGUGUUGGGUAGGACAAAGUAAAACUUACUAAACUCACUCAUCUAUGGGAAGCAGAGAACAGGAAUAGCUUAACUACUGAUGUUAUUUAUUGCACUCUAGGUGCUUUUAUAAGUAUCUACAAAUGUCUUUUACUAACAGAAUGGCUGUGGAUUUCUAUCAACAGAGGCCAACUAAAUAUGUAUUAGCUAUGUUUACUCUUUUAUAUCUAAUUCAAAUUGAAAACCCGAUGUAGGUGAACUUUUUUUCCUAACUUCAGCGUACGAGAUUAUUUUUUGGGUGGGUGGGGGGAGCAAUAGUUACCUUGGUGAAAUAUUUGAGAUCUCUUUGUGGUAUUUGGGGGAUCUGUUGUGUGUUAGAGUGUAUUUUAAUCCUCCUGUAUUAUCGUGGCAGAAAAACUGUGCUGUUAACGUAGUUGGCAACGAGAUGCCUUUGGAAACUUAAUAGUAGGUCAAUGUGUUUAUGGAAUAUUCUGAACUCCUAGGAAAUUUUGUUCUAUAUAUUCAAGCAUCAUUUGGUUUUCAUUAGUGGAAAACAUAAUUAGCUCAGGUUUGUGAAGUACUCAGAUGAGUCAUGUUUUAUCUUAGGAAAAACGUCCAAUGCUAGAAUGAGAUUCCACCUGAGACACUAAAAUCUUCUUUUAAAUACCAUCUUUAAAUACAAUGAAAUUCAGAGUCGAAAGUUAUAAAUUGGCAUGAAAUAACUUUUCUCUUGGUUUCUAUGAAGUUUCAGUUAUUGGGUUAACCGACUUCAGGUUUAGUCCAUCCAGAUCUACAUAAAACAGUCCCAUUACUGUGUUUGCAUGGGUGUCUGUGAUAUGCACAUAUAUUCAUUUUAAAAUGAUAAAGGAGCAAAGAUUACUAUUGGAACACAAACUAGGGGAAAAAAAAGGUUCCAGCACUUGUGCUUGAUUUUUCUCAGUGGCUUAUAUGUGUUCAUCCCUACAUACAUAUAUAAAAUAGAUAACUGCAACCAUGUCAGUGAAACCUCUUUUGAUGAUUUAUAGUGACAUGCAUGUUUAGUGUAUGAGAAGACUAUUUACUACCAAUGUAUUGUCCUUUGGUCCUUAACAUAUAAAUACUAAUAAUGCCAGAAACUCUUCUAAUAUGGCUAGUAGUGCAGCCAUUGAAAUGAGGUUUCACUGUACAUCCGUGCUGGGAUGAGAUUCCACCUUCUGGGACAUGUAUAUGGAGAGAGACUUCAAUGCA